AUGUUGAAACCAAGAUACCUCAAGAUUAGUAAUGUGAGCCUUUACAAUGGACUUGAAGAUCUUCCCAAUAGCUUACGUAUUCUUAAAUGGACGGGGUAUCCUUUAACAUAUUUCCCAUCACAUUUCAACCCAGAGAAGCUACUAGAACUCAAAAUGUGUCAUAGUUGCAUAAAACAUUUUCAGAUGGGAACAAAACCUUUACACAAUUUGAAAACCAUCAAACUCAGUCACUCUCUUAAUCUUGCCAGCACGCCCAACUUUAAAGGUGUUCCAAAUCUUGAGGUUCUGAUUCUUGAAGGUUGUACACGAUUGUUUGAGGUUGAUCCAUCAAUUCAAGCGCUGGAAAGACUUACUCUGCUGAACUUGAAAGAUUGCAAAAACCUUGCCCAUCUUUCAAGCAGUGUAGGUUGCUUAAAAUUUCUCAAAGUUCUUAAACUUUUUGGUUGUUCAAGGCUUAAUAUAUUGCCAGAAGAGUUGGGUUACAUUGAGUGUUUGGAGGAGCUUGAUGUGAGUAGAACUUCCAUAAGAGAACUACCUUCCUCUAUUGGAAGGCUUAAAGGUCUUACUUUGAUGAACUUGAAAGAUUGCAAAUAUUUUAUGCAUCUUCCAACUAGUGUAAACGGCUUAAAAUGUCUCAAAGUUCUUAAUCUUUCUGGUUGUACAAGACUUCAUGAACUGCCGGAAGAGUUGGGUCAUGUAGGGUGUUUGGAGAAACUCGAUGUGAGUGGAACUGCCAUAUCAGAACCACCCUCCAACCCUUUAUCUUUUGAAAAAUCUUAA